GAGUCACGAACGAAGCAGAAUGAGCUUAGAGAACGAAGACCAUAUACUGGAUCAGCCAGUUGAAACGAAUCAUGAAACGCAAAAGAAGUUGAAAACUUCAUAUUCAAGGGAGUUUCUAUUGUCAUUAAGCGAAUUGGACGUUUGCAAAAAGUUGCCUGGUGGGUUUGAUCAAUCAAUUCUAAGUGACUUUGAGGAUUCUUUCCAAGACCGGCAAAGAAUCUCUGGUGGCUUGUCAUCGCAUAGUUACAAGCGUAAUGAAUAUGGUUCAUCCCCACCUACCAGAGGGGAUUUUAGUAGUUAUUCACGGGGUGUCCACGGAAGAUGGGAAGGUCGCUCAUCUGUGCGAAGCGAUAAAGAUAGUGAUUCGCAACCUGACUUGGAGUCAGAUACGGGCAGGCAGUAUGGCAACCAAUCUCGGCGAUCGUGGCAAGUUCCUGAACAUGAUGGACUUCUUGGUAGUGGUUCUUUCCCAAGACCAUCUGGACUUGCUGCCGGAGUUUCGGCUUCUAAGUUUCGAGCUAAUGAUCACUACCAUCUCAAUAAGAGCACUGAGCCCUAUCAUCCUCCACGGCCUUAUAAGGCAGUACCUCAUUCACGAAGGGAUACCCAUGACUCCUUCAAUGAUGAAACAUUUGGUUCUUCUGAGUUUACAAGUGAGGACAAAGCGGAAGAGGAAAGAAAGAGAAGAGCAUCCUUUGAAUUAAUGAGGAAGGAACAGCACAAAGCGUUUCAAGACAAGCAGAACUUAAAUCCUGACAAGCGUAAAGAUGUGUUUGACAUCACCACACUGCUAGAGGACUCCAAGGAUGAGAAAAACAUUUUGAAUCGAAGCAAGGAGUCUGAUGAGCCUGUAAAAGCUUCACUCAAUGAUCCUGAAAAAUCUUCACUUCCCUCUCAAACUCCUGCAUCCAGACCACUUGUACCACCAGGUUUUAAAAGCACAGUUUUGGAAAGGAAUUCUGGACCUAAGUCCGUGAUUCAUCCUCAGACAGCAGAGGUUGUGAAUCCUGAACUUGAGAAUAGCCUUUCACAUGCCAAAGUUAACCUUGUAUUAAAUGGGACUUCUGAUAAUAAAGUGGAGAAACAGCUGACAGAACAAAAGGGUUUCACUACACAGCAACUUGGAAGUACUAGUAAUAAAGUUUCCAUACAUAACAAGAGUGACAAGAAUCUGAAUGUACCAUCCAGUAGCAUGAUGGAUGUAGAUGGUCAGUUGCAUAAGAUUUCGUGUUUUUCAGAAGCCUUUGAAGCUUCAGAAGAUGGUGAAGUUAAUAAGCUUAGUGGUGAGAAGGUGACAGGGAAUAAAAUAAUUGGUGAAUCCAAUCGUGAUCAUUCAACUUCAAUCCUAGAUAAGCUUUUUGGUUCUGCUUUAACAUCAAGUGUUGGUGGGUCCUCUAGUUUCAUUGAGCAUCCUGUUAGUACAGGAGAAGAGACAGGUGAUAGGACGGUAGAGGAGACAAGGAGCUCUCAUGCUACUCAGUCUUCCAAGUUUGCCCGUUGGUUUCUUGAAGAAGAAAAGAAACCAAUGCAUGAUCUUUCCAGCACACCAAAUGACUUGUUCUCAUUGAUUGUUGGUGGUGAUAAAGGGGGAUCCCUGGUUUCUGAUGUGAAGAAUACUGAGCACAUUAUACCUAAUAUUCCAUUUGAAAGAUCUGAACCAGCAGAGGAGCAUAAAACAUCAAAUGUAACAGCUGAUAUAGUUGAAAAUUCUGAGCAAUUUUACAAGAACGAUAAACCACAGGCACUUCCAGCUGUCCUUACUUGUGAAGAUCUUGAACAGUCAAUGUUAUCAGAAAUUAGUGAAAAUGGGUCAACUUUGCAGCCGCCUGUACAUGUCUCCAGCAUUCCUGAUCCAAAGACUGAGCUGCCAAAAGUUAAUAUUGAUGACCAUGCUUCUCAGCACCUCCUUUCAUUGUUACUGAAAGAUGGUGUACCAUCCUCCAACCUAGACAUCCAAAGUUCAGAGAAACUACAGAGCAAUGAGGAAACAAGUUUUGUCUCUGCGGCUCAGACAAAAGAGGUAAAUGCCGAGCAUUCUUCCAACUCAGGGCAGACACUGACACUUGAAACACUUUUUGGGACUGCUUUUAUGAAGGAGCUGCAAUCAGUUGGAGCACCAGUUUCUGUCCAGAGAGGUUCACUUGGGCCUGCAAGAGUUGAUAAAUCAGAUCCUCAUCAGUUUCCUUUUUCUGUCAUGGAUGAUGCACUUGUUCUUACAAAUGAUAUUGUCCCCAAUAAAGCUGGUUAUGAAAGCAGUGUUUUGACCUCCAAGCAAAGACUGCAAACUAAACCUGCAAAUAUUGAGCAGCAAUGGUUAGGUUUUGAUGAUCCUCAAACUGAUCUGGAUUCAUCGCAGCUUCGAACUGGAUUAAACUCUAAUCUUGGUGGCCUUGAUGGGCCUGUUGAUAUUCGGCUUCCUGAAGAGGAUAGCUUGAUUACAGUUAAUGAUCCUUUGAACCCUCGGAAUUAUGCAUCUGUUAAGACUGCAGCUAGAGCUGAAGUGUUACCUUCCCCAAACACCCAAGUUGACAUUGCUGAGAAACUAGCAGCUCUAAAAUCUGUCUUCAAAGAGGAACGAUCUUUCAUGGGAGGUCAAGAAGGUCCACCUCGUUUUCGUGGUGCUUAUGAUGUGAGGGAGCCUGAUUUUCCCUAUCAGAAUCUUAGUGUCCAACCAUCUUCCCCACAAUUUCACCCCCCUCGUGCAAAUCAUGUAGGGCCAUUCUCCCAUCCAUUAGAUUCUCACCCUACUAACGUUAAUCCUCAGAUGAAAUUUAUGACACCAGAAGGAAUCAUCCAUCAUGAUUCUCCGCCAAAUCAUCAAUUUUCUGCAAAUAUGCUUCAUCCACAUUUUCAUCACCCCAGCACUGGAUUGACUGGUUUUGAUCCUCCCAAUCAUCACCCUAUGUUGCAACAGAUGCAUAUGUCAGGCAACUUUCCUCCUCACCUGCUUCAAGGAUUUCCCAGGAGUGCACCAAUGUCAGCUCAGCCAAGCAGGGGUGCACCUUUGCCUUCCCAUGCCAACAAUCAGAUGACUGGCUUUAUGCCUGAACUCAAUCCAUUGCAAGCUUUUCCUUUCGGUCACCGGCAACCCAACUUUUCUGGUCUUGGAAUGCCACCACCGGCUCCUGAAAUUGGUGGAGGUAGUAAUAAUCCAGAGGCAAUCCAAAGGCUUUUUGAGCUGGAACUCAGGACAAAUUCAAAGAAGAUUCAGCCUUUUGCCGCUGGUGGGCAUGGUCAGGGGAUGUAUGGUCAUGAAGUGGACAUGGGUUUUAGGUAUAGAUAGGGCUUGCUGAUUGUGAUCGUGUAUAUGACCUUGUAGUCAAUGUCUCUUCCUCAGAUCUGCAAGUCCUUGCAUCAGUGAUGGGAUGGGAUUGUUGCUCUUUCAAAGGGGAAUUUGGUGGGUUAGUGUAAUUACUGGGAUUUUCUCGCAACUUGCACUUGGUAGAGUUGUUUUAGCUCAAAUCACAUCGUAUUCACUCCUGUAUGAGUUGGUCUUUAGUUUUUGAAGUUCUUAAAUCCUUCUGAGAUCA